UAGCUGUUGAGGGGUGAAGUUGCCAUUUUGGCUCAAAAUAAAGUCGGGGUGGCAGUGCUUUGCUAUUCGAUAUUCUUUUUGUUUGAAUAGUAUUUUUAAUUAUAUACGAUUAAAACAUUGACUGCACAAAGAUACAGUUUCAAUAUAAUUUCAGUUUUGGCCAAAGUCUUAAUUACAGUUUAUUAUAAAACAAGCUUGAAGUUUUAGCUAAUGUUAGCCAGCUAGUUAGCUAGCUUCCGUCACUGAACUAGCUGGCUAGCUAGGUACUUGGCUAACAAUCGAGAGCAUAGCUUGCAGGGUGGCUAGGUGGCUAUCUAGCUAAAGUAUGGGAGGAUGCUCCGCUCCAAAUUGCUCGAAUUCUACCACAAUAGGAAAGCAACUGUUUCGCUUCCCGAAAGACCCGAUGCGAAUGAGAAAAUGGGUUAUCAAUUGUCGACGUGAUUUUGUGCCAACUCCAUGUUCCAGGCUGUGUCAGGACCAUUUUGAGGAGAGCCAGUUCGAAGAGAUCGCCAGGUCCCCUGCAGGCGGAAGGAAGCUGAAACCCAAUGCAAUCCCGACUCUAUUUAAUGUGCCCGACCCCCCUUCUCCCAUCACCCCCAUUAUCGUGUUGCCUCUCAAAUCUGAGCCGGUGGAGAAGGAGCAGAACUUGGGGGAUCAUGGCUACGCACGGCGUCAGCCCAAAGGAGAGUUGGAAGGGAGUGACCCUGCCGGUCUAAGGACGGAGGAGGAACGGCCUUGCUCUCUGUGUCAGCAGUACAAAGCCCAGCUGGAGAAACAGCAGCAACACACAGCCAGACUGCAGAAAGAGGCAGAGGAGAUGAAGAAGAAACUCAACAAGCUGAACAAGAUCGAGAAGGGCCUGCAGAUGUUCCUCUACGAGGACCAGAUCCGGGCGCUGACCCUGGCCAAGCGCUCGCGCCGGGCGGUCUGGUCCCAGGACACGGUGCUGACGGCCCGGCGGAUCCAGUGCGCCGUGGGGGUGAAGGGCUACGAAUUCCUGCGCGAGCUGGGCUACCCCCUCCCCUCCUACAGGACGUUGUCCAACCGGCUGAAACCCAAAAUCCUGGUGGCCAGCGCCAUGCAGGAGGAGCUGGCCGAACUGGGGCUGGGGGUCAUCGCCACGUACGACAGCCCCGAGGACAAUGGGACGAGCGAGGAGGGCUUCAUAGGGGUGAUUUCGUAAAGGAGGUCUUCAUUCCAUGGUUUCAACGAGCUUCACAUCGUGUUCAGUGUUUGGACAGCCCAGCUGCUUUUUGACUUGCGUCCACACAAUGGAAAAAAGGUCCUUCAUGCUAAAUGUAUCAUGGAGAAAAUCUAGGAGCAUAUUAAUUGGGUGAGGUCGCAUUCAAGAAAUCCACAGUGUCCAGAUUUGGUCGGACAACAUUGUUUGGCUUGUGGUUUGCCGCUGUGUAUCAUUUCUGUUCAAGGAUUUAUGAGUGAGAUUUGUCCGGAUGACUAAAAGUUCUUUGUUGUCCUUUGAGACGAAUCUACUUUGUUUUUCCUGUUUUGUUUUAUUUAAGGACAGUUCAUGUUUUUAGGGAGUUGAACAUUCACAUAUCUUGCAUCAGCCUGGAUAAAGGCUUAGUUGUGAGUCACAAGUUGGAAAAACUUUGUUCGCUUUCAAGUUCUUUAUUGUAUGUUUAUGUCCACAGAUGUUGCGAGACUUAACUGGCAGCUGAAAAUCAGUCACAGAAUGUCAUCCUCUGUACCCCCUUAGCAUGGGCACAUGGUAUGUAGAGGGGCUGUGGUCUCAGAUUUCAGACCGCUGUUGUUAAACACUCUUUUUCAGUUAGUGGAUACAUUAAAACUCAUUACGUCAUUUUCUACCAGUAGCCUAGCACCAACUUGCUUGUAUUUGGGUGACUGACUCAUAGGCUCGGAAUCGGUUCCUUUCUAUUUCCGAAAAAUGAAUUGAAAUUCGAUUCAUGAAUUGAAAAAUGGCCAUAGAAUGUUGAGCAUUUUUCACUGCACAAACAGAAUUUCAAUUUGUUUCGCGAAGAGGCUGAAUUGAAAUGGAGUUCAGUCCAGCCCUGCUGACUAAGCAGAAAUGCACUGAAGUAGUAUAUCAUAUUCUCUGUAUAGGAGAAACAACAGGUUUUUGCAGUGUUUUUCUUUGGAGAGCGAUAGGUUAUUUUUAUAUUUAUCUGCAACACUGGGCUGAAAUCUUGGCGCGACUCUGUGAAAUGAUUCAAUCGGCCUUAUUUGCAGCAGACUCUGAGGAAUGUAUACUUUAUUUCAGAAGCAUGCCAUGAUAAAAGCUAUGGUUCUGUAUUUAUGAAAUAAUAAAAUUUGCGUUAGAA